AUGUCCCGUGGGCCCGGAUGCAGACCGGCCCAGUUGCUCUGGUGCUGCGCGGUGCUGCAUCUCUGCAGCUACUUUCAAGUAGCCUUCGUCGCGCCCAGCGGCACUCCACGACACAGGGAGAUUAGGCAGAGCCUGCGUGCGGCCGCGAGCCAGGGAGGUCUGCCAGAACUCCUGGCUUCACGCGCGCCUGGUGUCAUCGUCUUUGGCGCCGACUACUGCGGCCCCUGCAAGGUGCUCUUGGGACGUCUCAAGCGGCUUGGCCUUCUGGGGCCGCCGAAGGGUGCCACUUACGCGGAUGCCGAAGACCUCGCCCCUGGUGGCGGUGCAGAGCUGCUGAACGCGGUGCUGGCCGGAGCUCCUUUCAGCCCACCGCUGCCUGUGAUGGCCGUGCUGGGCCCUGGAGAGUUGCAACGCCUCGAAGCUGGCCAGGAGCUCUUGACCCUGGCCGAUGACGAGUUGACGGCACUGUGCACCAUCGCCCGAGAGACGCGGGUGCAGCUAAGCUAUGCAGGGCAGCUAAGCACUUUCAGACACCCCACACCCCACAUCCUGAAGGCGUGUUUACUGGGUCAAAGCGCAUGUGGCUUCUUUGCCAACAUCACCCAGGACAGUGUCUCUUCCCUCGUCGUGCGUCUCAAGCCCUGUCGUCUCCCACCGAACGCUCGCGGCUCCAAGCGCCCCUGUGCGGCUGUCGUGUACUCGGCUAUACUCCCAGCCGACAUAUGCUUCUACGCAAUCCUUCGAGCCCGUCCGACAGGUCUCGGCUCCUUGCCAGAAUCCCUUCCCACGCACACCGCGCAUCGAGCUCCGGCCGGAGCCUCAACCAACUCCGAGGGUGACCAUCGCCACGAGGCUGGCCUCAGUGGACAGCCCACGGAACACG